CGUGGAGUUUUCUGGGUAGAAGCAGGGUCUCUCCGCCCUAGAGGAGGGGCAGGAAUGGCGAGAAGCGGCUGUCUUUUCUGAUUGGCUGAGCGUUUCGUGGCAGUUGGGGCGCGAAAAGCUGAUGACAGUUCGAGGCUGUGGUGGGAAUUACGUUUUCCUCAGAUUCGAGGCGAGGACAAACAUACAGGAAGGGAAGGAAGACUCCAAGGUGUGGCAGAAGAUUCUGAAAACAAGCUAAGGAAGCCAGUUUAUGGAUCCCGUGAACUGUCCAAGUGCUCUGAAAGACUUCUGAAUAUGGAAGGACCCUUGAGGCCAAGGCCUACUAACCCCAGUGACUUCCAGUUUGGAGUGGUUGCCACAGAGACCAUCGAAAAUGCCCUUCUUCACUUGGCCCAGCAGAAUGAGCAAGCAGUAAAGGAGGCUGCGGGACGGAUGGGCAGCUUCAGGGAGACCCGGAUCGUGGAGUUUGUUUUUCUCCUGUCUGAACAAUGGUGUCUGGAGAAAUCUGUGAGCUACCAGGCUGUAGAAAUCCUAGAAAGGUUUAUGGUAAAGCAGGCCGAGAACAUCUGUCAGCAAGCUACACUCCAGCCGAGAAAUAACAAGACAGAAUCGCAGAAUUGGAGGGCUCUGAAAGAGCAGCUUUUCAACAAGUUUAUACUCCGUUUGGUGUCAUGUGUUCAGCUGGCCAGCAAACUGUCUUUCCACUACAAGAUUGUCAGCAACAUUACAGUUCUGAGUUUCCUCCAGGCUCUCGGUUACGUACACACCAAAGAAGAGCUGCUAGAGUCAGAGCUUGAUGUUUUGAAGUCCCUGAACUUCCAGAUAAACCUGCCCACUCCGCUGGCAUAUGUGGAGAUGCUCCUUGAAGUUCUAGGGUACAACGGCUGUCUGGUCCCAGCCGCACAACUACACGCAACUUGUCUGACCCUCCUCGACCUGGUCUAUCUUCUGCACGAACCCAUCUACGAGAGCCUGUUGAGGGCUUCAAUUGAGAAUUCCACACCCAGCCAGCUGCAAGGGGAAAAGUUUGUCUCUGUGAAGGAGGACUUUAUGCUGCUGGCAGUUGGAAUCAUUGCAGCAAGUGCUUUCAUCCAAAACCAUGAAUGUUGGAGCCAGGUCGUAGGGCACCUGCGGAGCAUCACGGGCAUUGCCUUGGAAAGCAUUGCUGAGGUCUCUUACGCAAUCCUGACUCACAGCGUGGGAGCAAGCACUCCUGGGCAACAACAGCCUGUUCCCUACAAGGCAGCCAGAGCUCUGAGGACUGCUGCUUCCUCUAACACAUGAGGCUGGCCAAGCCCCGGCGCACAGCCUUCUGUCAUUGUAUUCUCCUUCUUUCUGUUUACUUUCAUACUCGGGGCACAAAAAUCCCAAGUUUCCUUUGAACAGUAUCUUGUAUUUCAAUUUCAGGCACAUUUUUCUCUACAUCAGAGAUAGUUAUGAGGGAAAAGCAUGUCUCUUGUGUCAUGGCAGGCUGAAAACGUCAAAGAAUUGGACAGUUAGUUUAUGAAAUUGGCUCAUUUUUGUUUAACAAGACAUUUAAUUUUUCCUAAUUUAAUCUAAUAGGGAAUAUCAGAUACAGAGAUAAGUAUUUCUGAGGGUUUUAAAACAGACUUUUGGAUGACCUUGACUGAGUAUCUCCGAAGUAGCCUUUCUUCUUUUGUUCCCCUACAGCUGUUUUUGUUUGGUUUUGGUUUGAGACAGGAUCCCACAAUGUAGCCCUGGCUCGCUUACACCUCGCUGUUCACCCCAUGCUGGGUUGGCAUUCAGGGGGCCACUUGACUCUGCCUCCUGAAUGCUGGGGCUAAGUACCCUCAUGCCUGGCUCACUGCUUUACUUUUUUAAACUAAAACAUGUUUCAAAGAACUUCUACAGAACCGACUGGAGCUCAAUUCUUCCAGAGUAUAAAAUACUCAAAGGAAAACAUACUGGCAUACCUCUUGGUAAUUAACAGACGGUAGCAAAUCCUUUAUUACAAAUAAUUAGAUCUCUCCAUGUCUCAAACAGUAUCAACUACCAUUCUGUAAUUCCAACAGAUAACAGAGUAGGUAUUCAGUACUAGAACUGAGAGGGGACAGAGUUAAAAGUCCCAGCUGCUGACCUGGUGUCCUUUCCCCACAUUACCCAACUGUGUACCACAAACAUCAUCUCAAAACUUUUCUGUUUCAUACUUUAAGUGCAGGAAGUUGAGAGAUAAAAUCCAGUGAAAACACAUCAAUGUCAAUUUAACUUAAAAAAAAAAAAACAAGCAAA